AAGCAGCUUUCCUCACUGUCUUUGUAAUUUUCAAGGGGACUUUUCUCCACCACGAACUCGGUCCCUUCGGUCAAAGAAGAUGACAUGUUCGACUGAUGUGGCUCUCCUUUCAAAGGGAAACAAAGGAGAUGUUAAAGAGGCUGGCAAAGAGCUGCUGCAGUCCAAUCCUGAAGACAGUCCAGCAGUCAAAAUUAAACAGCAUCAGGUAGAGGAACUGCCCAGUCUCCUAAAACCAGAUGGUUCUAAUAUGGGAAACAAUUCAGAAGGGACACAUGCUGCAGAGAUUGGAAAUACAGAGAGGGAAGAGACUGCUGUUCAUGAUCCAAAUCCUGGUUUUGAGCUGAAAAGCCAUGAAGAGCAAGCUAAUGAUUGUAUUAAUGGAAAAGGAACGUCCUCAGAAGAAUGUAGCAGAUCACCAAACCAACCGCAGGUAUCUCUGCCGGUCUCUGAUAAUGACAGCGAAUCCUCUUGUGGCAUUUUGGAGAAGCAAGUUGUUGAAAAGGAAGGCUGUAAUUUAAAGAGAAAUCAAGACACUGACAAAGAUCAGCCCAGCUGUUUUCUGACCGAUGCCAAGGAGUCGGCGGUGAGUUUCCCAGUCAAGAAGAAGCGAAGGAUGGGAAUGUGCGGUCUGACAGAGAAGGAACGGAGUUACUAUCUACGGACACAGCAGAGAGACGGAGAGGCGCGUGAUAGAACAGCUGAGCUGGAAGCUUUAGAAGAAGAUGUCUCCACAAUACAUUUAGAGUCGGCACCUUUUCCCAUCUCAGCUGAGGUCAUGGAGGCAACCACGGAAGAGCCUCAGUGCCCGCACAGUGGAGAUGAUCACCGAGCGGGAACUGAAGUCAGCCAUGCUGUGAUAGAAUCAAAUGGAACCGGUACCACGAUUAACCCAGCCUGCUUAGAGGGAGGACAACAUGAGGCCAGCGGAGGCUCUCUGGCUGGUUCAGAGUUAAAUGGCAACACAGAAUUAAUACAACCCGCAAAGGAAGAAGAAAAGAAACAUCUGGAGAACCUGCUGGCAACAGAGGCUCAGGUGCCGGAAAUUCAAAUAAAAAUGGGUGAAGAUUUCUCUCAAAAAGUCGAGAUAAAUACCCUCGGUGCAAAGCAGCCUGAGGAAAGUGAUGCUGAGGCUGCUGGUCCACACAUGUGCUGUUCCAGCGGGACAACAGAUGAAAGAAAUAUAGAGACGACUGAGCAAAGCUCUUCCUCUGCAGACUCUCUGUCUAAAGAAUUAAACAGUGGUUCUAAGAAACUCUGUGUCACUUCACUGACAUCUUCAGUCCCAGAGAGGAGUUACAGCUGUGAUUCCAAUGAUGAUACAGCUGCUGGUCCAUCUGUAGCUGAACACACUCCAACCAGGGACCCAGGCGACCUGUUGAGCUCUGGAUGCUUAGAUUACGUGUCAGACUCGCAGCUUAACACCAUUCCCCUCAUUGAAGAAGAAUCUGAUGGAUCAAGCCGUCUUGAAGAUGCCACGGAGCUGAUCUGCGGACUGAUCAGAGAACUCUCCUCUAUGAACCGAAAGGUGAUGGUUGCUCAUCGAGAACUGGAGAAUCUGCGACGCAAACCUUCAAGAAGCUCCAUGCGCUAAUUGCUUUGCUAAGGGUGUUGUUCUCAUGCAGUUGCUGUCUUGUUCAUCUGUAAUAAGAAUAUACAAGUUGAUUCAAUAAGUAUAAUACAAAAGCAGUUUUUUUUGCCAUUUAUUCUUAA